AUGGCCGCGGAUCCGGCUGAGAGGUACGCACAUGGAAGUGCGAAGAAGACCAUGACUCGAUACGUGUCUUCUUUGCGAAAUGUAGUACCUAUUCGAAAAACCAAGCGAAGCGAUGUUAAGGGUGGUGCAAAGAUCGACGAAUCGGGCCUUUUCUCAUUCGUCACGUACAGCUGGGUAUUUGAGUAUCUGUUUUCGGCAUUCAAAGGCAAAUUGGACAAAGACCAAGUGUGGAACUGCAGUAUUUACGACGCCAGCAAUGUAAAUAUGGCUAGGAUGGAAGUGCUAUGGGAGGACGAACUGAAGCGGAAUCCUCAGUCACCGUCACUUUUUCGUGCACUAUUUCGAUUCAUCAAGACACGUUUGUGGGCUGCUUGUGGCGUGUUCUUAUUCUGUUUGAUCUUCGGUUUUAUCGGCCCUACAUGUCUAAUACGAGGUCUUGUGCAAUUCGCCGAAAGGCCACCUGUUGCUGGUGAAUCUAUUAACUAUCGGCUCGGCUUUUUCCUUGUAUUCGCCUAUUUGUCUGGAGGAAUAGCAUACUUGCUGGUCGUUGUCGGACGAUGGUCGUUGCUCGGAAUUCUUGUCUUUUUCAUAUUUGACGUCAUUCAAUAUGGACUUGGUAAGACUAUGGUACGUUGCCGUAACAAUGCAAUAGAAAAAACAGAGAAAAGGAUUAGUCUCAUGGGCGAAAUUAUUCGGUGCAUCCGUGUCAUAAAGAUUAACUGCAUGGAGGAAAGCUUUUCGAGGAAAAUUGAACAAAUGCGGCAUGCUGAAAAAAUCGACAUUCGAACUGCUGGAUACGCACAGUCGUUGGCUAUUGCUUGUGGCCCUGUCGUACCAGUUGUGGCGGCAAUUCUCACUUUUCUCGGAGUUGUGCUUUCAGGACAUGACCUGCUCGCUAGCGAUGUCAGUAUUCACAUUGUCUUCGCUUUUUCUGCAAUUACUGUAUUCUUCGUGAUGUUGUUUGGUAUUCGAAUGAUUCCUUAUGGUAGUCGAUAUCUGGCUGAAGCAUUGGUGGCGGUGCGCCGGAUUCAGGAAAUCCUCUUG